CAGUUUGAGCGCAGUUCCGGGCGGGGAGGAGCCUUUGCCGCUGUCUCCGUCUCUGCCGUUAGCAGCGCGGAACUACGAGUCCCGGGGUCCCUUGCGGCCGCCGUAGUCAAGUGGCCGGUGGAAUUGGCCCAGGAUGACAGCUGGAGAAUGGAGUCAGUUUUAUCCAAGUAUGAAAACCAGGUUACUAUUUUCGCUGACUACCUAGAAGAAUUUCCAGAUACAGAUGAGCUGGUAUGGAUCUUGGGGAAACAGCAUCUUCUUAAAACCGAAAAAUCUAAGCUGUUGUCUGAUAUAAGUGCUCGUCUGUGGUUUACAUACAGAAGGAAAUUUUCACCAAUUGGGGGAACGGGCCCUUCGUCAGACGCCGGCUGGGGAUGUAUGUUACGCUGUGGACAGAUGAUGCUGGCUCAAGCUCUUAUCUGCAGACACUUGGGCAGGGACUGGAACUGGGAGAAACAGAAAGAACAACCCAAAGAAUACCAACGAAUCCUACAGUGCUUCCUAGAUAGAAAAGACUGUUGCUACUCUAUCCAUCAAAUGGCACAGAUGGGUGUAGGAGAAGGGAAAUCAAUUGGCGAAUGGUUUGGACCAAAUACAGUUGCACAGGUGUUAAAAAAACUUGCUUUAUUUGAUGAAUGGAAUUCCUUGGCUGUUUAUGUUUCAAUGGAUAACACCGUGGUUAUUGAAGAUAUCAAAAAAAUGUGCCACACCCUCCCCUUGAGUGCUGAAACAGCUGCUGAGAGCCCCCCUGAGUCUCUGAAUGCUUCGACCCAGAGCGAUGAGCUCAUUUUCCUGGACCCUCACACAACCCAGAACUUUGUUGACACUGAGGAGAACGGAACGGUUGACGACCAGACUUUCCAUUGUCUGCAACCUCCACAGCGAAUGAACAUCCUGAACUUGGAUCCUUCCGUAGCACUGGGAUUUUUCUGCAAAGAAGAAAAAGACUUUGAUAGCUGGUGUAGCCUUGUUCAGAAGGAAAUUCUAAAGGAAAAUUUAAGGAUGUUUGAAUUAGUUCAGAAACAUCCAUCACACUGGCCUCCCUUUGUUCCUCCAGCCAAGCCAGAAGUGACAACCACGGGGGCAGAAUUCAUCGACUCUACUGAACAACUAGAGGAGUUUGACCUGGAGGAAGAUUUCGAGAUUCUGAGCAUAUAGAAUAGUGGGAACUCACCUUGGAGAUCUGCCUUCCAGCUGGCACCAGAAGAACAUGAACUCAUCACAUAAAACUUUUCUAGUCAGCAAGUGCCUGAUAUGCCAACAGCAUACAAACUUGAUAGCAAUCAUGACUGAGCCAAUCACCUUUUCUCAGAAAAAAACAAACAAGUGAACAAUAUACCCCUUCCCCAGGAAGAACUAAAACAAUCAUGGAAUCUAGGAGCAGAAAGAUUAGGAGUCGUCUCUUGCGCUUCCCAGCUUCUUACAUGGCCACAGCGAAUCUUCAGCUACUGAAAUGAGGAGGUGGAUGUCUGGAAGAUAGACAGCAACUCCCACCUUGCUUCCAGCACCAGCAGAUGAGAGAUGGUUACCCUAUGCUUCUUCACCCUUUCAGGUUUGACCUCUCUGGGCUAAAUACUAAGAAGCAAUCUGUUCUCUUGCUCUAAUAAUAAAGUGAUAAUCGUAUCAGGGAAAAAAAGUUCUUGUUAAAUUAUUUGAAUAUGUGUUUAAAUAAUUACAAUUGAUCUCAAAAAGUGUGUCAAAAAGACAUUACAUCAAAUGUAUACUUAUUGAUCUCCUUCCUAUUUGAGAGAACCUUAACUAUUUGAUGGGUCACUGUCCCCAUCUUUACUGAUACUUUUGUCAGAUGGUCACCCUGUCCUUAAAUCAUUAUCACUUAAAUCAGGGGUCUGCAAACUUUUUCUGUCAAGGGUCAGAUAGGAAAUGUUUUAGGCUCUGAAGACCACAUAGUGUCUGCCACAGCUACUCAUCUCUGCUGGUGAAACCCCAAGACAGCCAUAGACAAUGUGCAUGCACAUGAGCCUGGCCGUAAUCCAAUGAAACUUUAUUUACAAAAACAGGCAGAGGGCUGGAUUUAGCCCACAGGCUGCAGUUUGCUAAUCACAGACUUAAAUUGUUGAUUUUUGUUUGGGAAAUUAAAAAUUGUGUUUGAA